AUGACCUUGAACCAAACUGACUAUACUAGAAAAGUCUUAGAACGAUUCGAUAUGUCCAACUGUAAACCUCAAGAUGCACCCAUGAUUACCAGACAGGCUAGAAAUAGAAGCUUAGCAAAUGCUAAUAAAUCUAGAAAAAUAGAAGUCCCAUAUAGAGAGGCCAUAGGUAGCUUACUGUAUUUAGCAAACGUUACUAGACCUGACAUAUCGUUUGCUGUAAACCUUCUGUCUAGAAAUCAAUCCCAUCCCACUGAACAAGAUUGGAUUGACGUUAAUAGGAUUUUUAGGUAUCUUCAAGGAACAAUAGAUUUAAGCUUGACCUAUAGAGGUAUAAAGAAUAACUUAGAAAUCUAUACAGACUCUAGCUUCAAGGACAAUCCUGAUUCCACUUCUACGAGUGAAUUAGCGAUAUUCUUGUUUGGCGAUACUAUUAUGUGGAGAAGUCACAAACAAAGAAUACCCAAUUCCUCCACAUGUUCGGCCGAAUAUUUUGCCAUGAGUGAGGGUUGCCAAGAGGGUGUCUCACUAGAUAAAGCAAUUAGGGACAUGUUAGGUAAAACGAUGUAUCCCAUUACCUUACUCUGUGAUAAUAGGGCCGCUAGGGAAUGUAAUCAAAAGGAGGGAAGUCAUAAAUUGAAAGCAUUCGAUGAUGAAAUAGAUGAAAUUAGAGCAAAACUAGAAGAAAGAGAAAAAAUAGGAGUUAAAAGUAAACUUUAA